AUGACCUGGACUGCAGCUCAGAGAUACUGCAGACAGAAAUACACUGAUCUGGCCACCAUUGAUAAUAUGGAUGAAAUGAAGAGACUGAUUACCACAGUUAAUGGGACUUACAGCGGAUCAGCCUGGAUUGGACUGUAUGAUGAUGUGAACAGCUGGAGAUGGUCAUUGGAAGAUAAUGAUUUCUAUCAGGAAGGAGAGAGAGAUUUCAGAAACUGGUAUCAUGAACCAGACAACUAUGGUGGAAAACAAUUGUGUGUUUACAUGGAUUAUACUGGGAACUGGUUUGAUAUAUCAUGUGACAACACACUGCCAUUCAUUUGCUAUGAUGUGAAUGCCACUCAGAGUUUUAUCAAAAUUAAUAAUGGGACAAACUGGGCAGAGGCUCAUAGAUACUGCAGAGAUCAUUACACAGAUCUUGUCAAUAUAAGAAAUCAGACUGAGAACCAGAGGAUCCUUGAGACAGCAGGUGGAGGAGUCUGGAUAGGACUGUACAGAAACAGGAUUUGGUCAAACGGUCAGAAUACCAAUUAUGAAGACUGGAGACCAGCCCUUCCCUAUUCACCACAACAACCAGAUAAUGGUUAUGGCCAGUGGAGCAUUCCACAGUGUACUGCUUUUUAG